UGCUGGCACGAAUGAAUUCUAGUUCCAUGGAGUCCCAGUAGAUGCCGCUAUGGAGCGCCAUUGCACCGUUGUCUAGGCGCUACUCUCGCUUGCUAAAGCGGCAAGAUACUGUAAUGUUGAAAAUUACACAGUGAGAUAAAACAUAAAGACGUGGGAAGUUAUUGUUGAUGCCGGAAGCCGAGGGAGAUUUAAACUUGUUCUGAUUUUUGAAUGAUGUAACCGGACUGGAAUAAUGGAUCCUUGUAACAACAAAGAAGUAUUAUACGUAUAAGAUUGGCUUCCUUGUUGGUGUAGCCAGCAUUUUGCCAGCCUGACCCUGGGAUCCCCCAGCUGUUCAGAAUGGAGGUGAAACUGGAGGUGCUGCUGUCCUCCAGCAUCAAGAGGAAAAAGCCUUGGCCUCGGUUUAGCUGGCUUGGACAGGAAAAGGAAAGCGUUUUCCUUUUGGAUGACAAGCGAAUUAGCGAAAUAAAUCUUGUGUCAGGAAGAACAAAGAAAAAAACACCAAAACUUCAAUCUCUGCUGAAAAAUGUGGUCACCAUGACUGCAUCCAAAAACGGUGCUUGGCUGGUAGGGAUCCUGGGCUCAGGUGAGCUCUUUCUAUGGCACAAAGACAGGGACUGCUUGAAAACAGUAGCAGCCGCAGAAGAUGUCAGCCAAGUGGUCACGACUUCCAUGGAGUGCUCAGUGAGACUCUGCUUACUUGUCUCUGGAGAUGGGAAGCGGGUCCUCCUUGCUUCUCCAACAGGACAGACUUUUCUCUGGGAGAGCACUGAAAACAGAGAUUUAGCAGCUGUACCCGGUCCUGCAGUGAUAGGAAGAUGGUCACAGAUAGAGCCUGUUGAGACUGUGAUCUUGCCUACGACUGCAGAUAAAGAAAACGUGGUGCAUGGCAUUUUCAUUAAAGAAGAGACACUUGGGGACUGUUGCUUCUGUUCAUUUGUGUUUACUUCUGAAGAAAAGCUGGUUGUGACUAUAUUGAAUUUACAGUGGUAUGAAAAUGCUGAAAGGCAUUACAGCUCUGUGCCAUACAACGUGCAGUGGGUAACCCGGAAGUACCCCCUGGCCAGCCUGGUUCCAAAGUGUGAUUCCGUGAAGUCCAGAGGUGCCCUGGUGACGGCUUUUUCAGGAGAUGGGCUACUGUUGGCUAUUGCUGUAAAUCAGAAGGAUGCCAAGGCCUCCCAAGUCCUGUUUGUGAGCACUCUUAACUUCAUAACCAUCUCAAGCAGUCUCAAAGGUUGUGGCAGCAAGGAUCUCUCUGUGCCUUCAAAAUAUGUCAGGUACCGAAGCUGCCCCCAAUACUUGUCUCUGGUUUGUAGGUCGUACUGGGUGGGUGAUAUGAGCUGGACUCCUGAUAAUCUCUACCUGGCCUGCAUGCUGAAACGAGGAUCCCUGUUGUUUGUGACUCGCCUAGGGGACCUGCUCACUCUCACUACUUUUGGCUGCUCUGUGGAGUUUGGACCAGCAGAGUUUAUUCCUCUUCAUCCCUUGAUAACCUACAGGCCCCCACAGUCUGUCCUACAGUCCCAUGACUCUCAGCACUCUGUCAGCUCAUGUGCCUCUGUGAAUGACCUCAUGAGACAACGGUUUUCUGUGACAUCGCACACGCGCCUGCCCUACCUCAUCGUCUCUGACGGCUACAUGGUGACUGUCCUCAGAGUCUCUAGCAACUCCUCGCCUUCUGCCUUCAUUAACUCCAUUCUGGUGGAUACCACACAAAGGCUGGAGAAAGCCAGACACACUCUUUUGGCAGCUCAGCCAAAGGAAAGAUCAAGACUGCAGUUCAUGAGUUCCCUAAAAGUCAGCACUCAGCAGGAUGCAAGGUGCAAGGACUCCACAUUGGCCACUAUACCACGAUUCCUGCUAGAAGAUGAGCCUACGGGUCUUUAUGGUAAAACAGCAGAUUCUCAGCGUGGUGAAGAUGAAUCCGAUGAUGGCAGCCCCUUCCCCAGUGAAUCUGCUGUGGAUGGGGGUCGGCUGGAGUUCGCCUCCAUGUUCGACACUAUCCAUGCCAAGCCUGACUCCGCAGCCGAUACCUGCGACACCUUCGCAGAGAUGGGGCGCGUCCAGAGGAACCUCCUGACAGCGUGGAGCGUGGCAGUGUCGCUUGGGAGGGUGGAGCAGAAGGAUCUGCUCUUGAGACACACCAUCCGCUGUUUUGUCCGUUUUGCCCACUUGAUUCAGUUCAUGGACUGCCCCCUCCCAGCUUCUAUCAAGACCUUCGGAGACAGAGCGCUCAAAAGGGCCGUGAAGAAAGAUCCGUGGAUCUAUCGAGUCCUCCGCCUCUUCAAACACUUCCUUACAGCCCUGUACUGGGACAUGGCUCACAGUCAGUGCUUUGGUCUGACAGUUGAGCUGACCAAGGAGGUUGUCCAGCUCAUCCUUUUCCCACAGAACGACUGGGCCUCCUCUCAAUCUCUCUCAGGGUGCCUCUUUGUUUUGAAACUGACUUCCCGCUACCUUAACACAAUCUACACCCCCCGAGGUGGCUUCCAUCUACUGGCAUCGCAACAAGGUGCAGACAAUGUGUCUGAUUCAUUCGCAGUCCCAUUCCUGCAGGAUCAAGGGCACAUUCAGAAACUGUUUGCCUUCAGCUUGCCGUCAUCUCAGACAGUGGGUCACAACCAGCAACCAUCUAACAGGCUGGUUGAAGUCUGGAAGAUGCUGUACCACCAGACACUCCUCUACCAGGCCAGUCUCCACAGACAGGCAGUCCAGCAGGGCAGUCAUCCGGCUGACCAAACAUUGCAGCACGAAGAAUCCUGGACGACUUACCUCCUAGCCCAGAUCCAGGCAGCACUUCAGGCAGCUGGGCAAACACUAGGGAAGAGCAGGAAACUGAACUCUGUCGCAGGAGAGCAUAGUUUUUUGCUUGGAUCCUAUCCUGGGUGCCUGCAGAUCUGGAGGGCAACUCUACAGGAGGAGAUGGUAAAAGAUGGUAAAAGAGCCUGCUUCCUGCAAACCCGGUAUUACUUGGCGAUCCUGUACUCUCACUUGUACCACUACAAUCUGAGUGCAGCCCAGGGGCUGUGUGACCACUUGGCGAGAGAGGUGCUCAGACGAUCCCAGCUGUACUCUGAUGACAUUGAAACAUUCACAGUGGAUGAAUGCCAUGUCCCUGAAACCUGGUUAAUCAAAGACGUACACAGUGAGGCAGCUUGUGCUGUGAUUCAGUCCAUGGCCCGGUUCAUGGCUGCCUAUUUCACCAAUCAGCCGCUGUACGUGCUUCCUCCUCACAACGUAGACAUCUUGCCGCCGCUGCAGAGUAAGCCAGACGCCCUGCCUCGAGUUAUUCCCCUGCAGCACUCUCUCAUUGCCAGCAUCGUGCGAGACCAGCACCUGUCUGCAGUGUGGACAGUGGAGUAUGCCCUGGACUUGCUGCUGAUUGGUGGUUUGGUACCCGAGGCAGCCUGGUUGGCUCACAGGCUUGGAGACUGGAAAAUGGCUGUCUCUUUAAGUCUAGCCUACAACCUUUAUUGUCAGAGCAAUUUGAACUUAUCAGGACUUAAAUGGAGAGAACUACACCUUCCCUCUGAUCUACAUCCAACACAGAUUUUUCAGGACAAACUCCAGUCUCUACUUGGGAGACAAGCAGACCCUGAAGAGCCAGACAAGUCUCCUAAUACAGUGCCAAAAAACUACAAGCAGUUCACGGACUCCAUUGAAGAAGAAGAUGCUGACUUGCUGUUCAGUUCAGUACAGGAGAUACUGAAGGCAGCAGUCAUGGCUGAUGCAGACAUCCUCUCAGAAACCUUUGACUUACUGAUGCAGACUGCCAAAGACCUGACUGCAAAGCUGUCUGGCUUGGUGCCGGAUGGGCUGUAUCUCCCAGCACCGCCUCUGUAUUGCCCCCAGCCUGCUUUAGACACUGAGGCUAGUUCAGUGGAUGUGGCACUAACAGCAGAGCUGGUUUCCCGUCAGAGAGUGUCUGGUGUGCUUCAGAGGGUGCUGCUGCUCUUCAGGGCAGCUCGCUGCUCCCUUCCAUCUGCACAGUGGUACAUCCAGAAACUAAAACACAGCCGCAAAAUCAUGAAUAAGAUUCGACUUAAGGGUUCUCAGCCUCAGUUGAACUCUUUCCCAGACUCCCUGCUUAAAUAUGCAAGCAGAAGAGGUUUCUUCAAGCCAGGACCCAGUGGAGAUCAGCAGUCUGACCCAGUGUCAAUCCGUGCAAUAAGUACUUUCCGAGAACUUUGCAGCCUGUGCUGGAUGUUCCAUGUUCGAGAACGAUUAUCAGCAAGCUGUAGGAAAUACCAGCUUGCAAGGAACAGUGCGAGGGACCCAGAGGGCUAUGUGGGAGCUGUGGAGUAUGAUGCUGGGGUGGCGGAGCACUGUCUUGAUGCUCUGGAGUGGGCUUGUCGCUUGCUGCCCUUUGCUAGGUUUAUGAACGCUGAAGAAAUCACUCAAGAUGUAAUCCUAAGCCUCGUGGGGGAACUGCCUCCAAUACGGAAGGUGGCAGAGGUCCUUGUGAAAGUGUUUCCUGAGCAGGAGGAUUCUGUACGAGUUCCACUGAGGGAAAAAUAUAACUGUCUCCUGCAACGUCUAAGACAUUCCACUGUCAAAGGUCCUGAAAGAGACGAAAUGAUGUCAGUUGUUAUCCAAGAUCUUCUGAAGCAGAGAUGCAAACAGCUAAAACGUAUAGCGAGAAACAUUGGUCCUGUGGAGUUUCACAUCUGGGAGAGGGCUGAGGAGGGCGUGGCAGAGAAUGACAAUCCCCUCUGUGACAGGUUUUCACUGGGGACCAGCCUGAGCCAGAGCACUUUAACUGACUUUGGGAGACCUCAGGUAUACAGUGAUGACACAGCAGAUACCAUUUCAGAGCAACUGCAAGGAGAGGACAGUAGGGAUGAAGUUGAAAUAAAUCAGAGACACAGUAAACCUCAAAGUAUGGAGCUGAUGCCUGAUAAAAAGAAAGUGUCAGAUAAACCGAACAGAAAACUAAAGUUGAAUGCUGAAAAAGUUGAAGGCCAUGUGCUGGACCCCCUGGCACUACCUGUAGUAGGAUCCUGGGAGUUUGAAUGUGAUGACGAUGAGUAUGUCCGAUUCUUAGAGCUGUUCUUGAGCUACAUGCUGGAGAAGGGCCUGGUAAAUAACCAAGACCCCGGCAUUCCCUUCCUCGCCUGCUUCUCCUCGCACCUCCGAGAGCACGAGCUCAACUCCCUCCUGUUUGAUGUGCACACCACUCUGAAACGUCGGCAGAACCAGAAGGGCAGCAGCAACAUCUUCAGAGCUGGCAGCUGCUAUCACCUGGUCCUGGGACCUCACCCUGCUCCUCUGGGGAAACCAGUGUCUGUGCACAGCGAGACCUGGAGUGCACAGUCAAGCCAGAGACCAUCUAGCUCUAUGGCAGAUCCAUCAGAAACCAACCUUAAUGCUAAUAAGUAUUUCCCUGGUGCUCAUAAAGGCAAACAGAAAGGUUUGUUCGGCCUUAGGCGGCAACCGUCGUCCCCUCCUCGUCAGGAUGGUUCCCCAGAAUCAAUGCCCACCCCAAGAUCUGUUUCAUUGUACAGCCAAAGCACGUGUGAUCCCUUGUGCUCCACUCCCCGGACGCCUCAGACCGAAGCCUACAUUUAUAAGGCUUUGCUGCCCAAGGAUGUGGACCCGCCUGUGGAUGAGCUGACUCCAGAGCUGCAGUCCCGGUUCAGGCUCACAGGGAGGCUGCUGGAAUGGAUGAUUCGGUGGUCGGACCGCAGGCUCCUGUGCGGACCCAGUAAAGCACAGAGGCUGCUGGAGUACAGCACUGUGAUCCGAGUGAAGGCUUCGGCACCGGCCAUUCUCAGCUCUCUCUGGAUGCUGGAGAGGAGGUACUCAGCAGGGCUGCUGGUGGACAAGCACCUUCAUUCAAGGGUUCCAGAACGAGAGUAUAUCGUAGCUCCAGUUUUCCAACAAGAGCACAGGUCAAAGGUGGAGAGAGAAAGCAGUGUGGAUACUGGUUAUCCUGCAUCAGCUGAAACCCCCAUCACUCUUUUAGACCAGGAGAUCUUUGAGUCACAGCAUGGGUAUGAUUCAGAGACGGCUUCUGACGUGGACAAAGGCCAUAAAAGUAGAUCCAAAGAUCUAGGCCCUUCUCUGAACUAUGAUCUCGAAGAAGUCACAUCAGACUUGGAGAAUAAGGAUGAAGAAGAUGGAAUGGCACUGGAGGAAGAAUUAGAUUUGCCAUCUGUAGAAGAAGAUGACAGUGGUCCUGAAGAUGGCUCAGAACAUGUAAGCCCCAGUAUCUCUGUGAGCAUUAAGACUGUUUCCAGGCCAAACGUUGCAGAACAGGAAAAGUCACAGAGAUUGACACUUUCGGAUUUGGAGUGUCCAAGAACUUUUCCUGCAAGGGAGCAAGAGUUGGAACAGAUGGUAGCUUUGCCACAGGCUGAAGGGACAAACGCGAAAUCAGGUUUACCAAACUCUGUGUCUGCUGACAUGGCGGCUGCAGAGACAUCAAGCCCUGUAACAGGUGGAGAUCCUUGCCCAGCUUUUUGUGUCCAAUUCCAUACUCCAGAUCCAACGCCAGGCCUUUCAGCCACCACUGUUCCCAUUGAAACUGGGGAGCCUCAGAGAAGAGACCCCAAUACACAGCCACUUGCUAAUUCUGAAGCUGUCAGGCAAAUGUUACAGGAUGAGAUGUUCAGGCUGGUGCAGCUACAGCAGAUCAAUUUCAUGAGCCUCAUGCAAGUGGUUGGUUCAUCAUUUAUGAAUCUUCCAAACGUACAGCAAAAUCUGCAGGAGGCGCAGUCCAAUCAGAUGAAUGGGAAUCAGCCUUUAAAUCGUAUCAAUGAAAGGCCAAGGCAAUCAACAGGGGUGCAGCACAGAGAACCAGUUCUGUGUAACCAACAGCAGUCCUCCCUAGAGAAACACACUGGCAGCUCCAAGAAUUUGAAUGCAGAUGAUCAGAGCAAUAAGGAAAAUAUUGCACAGAAUCCUCCACCACUGAUCUUGCAUCUUGACCCCCCGCAAAGUCAACCGGAGAGUGAAGGUUUGAUCCCAGCAUCUCAUGGAUUGCUUACGACCUCCCCCAACAAACACAGGGUUCAGCUGCUGGUGCCGCCAUCUGACUCCCAUCAAACUCCCACUCUCAUUCCACUGGAAAAGACAUCGGGUAGGGCAAAAGGCCUGCAGCUGCUUAAGCUCCAGCCCCCAGAUCAGUUCAAACUAGCCGCUCCGUCCGUGAAGCCUUUCAACCCUUUGCCACGGGGCUCCGCUCAGUUCCUUCCACAGCCUCGAGAGGCCUGGGCCCCGUCAUCAUUAUCAUCCCAGCCAGAGAACAAUCCCAGAAUUCAUCCACACUGGAAGCGCUCUGGGCCACCAUCCCACCUAAACCUUAGUCAGUAUGACCCUGAAGCCUUGAGAAGAGCAGAGGAAGAAAAGGCCAGGUGGGCGGAGAAGGUUGCUAAAGGGCCUCCUCGACACCUAAACCUGGAGCAGUACGAAGGGAAUCCUGCACCUGAAGCUCAGCACUGGGUCCCUAGUGGUAGUCCUAAGAGGAGAGGGACAGGAGCUCAACCCCUUGUGCCGCCUCCUCCUCUGCACACUUUUCCUUGUCUUGGACUGCCUCUACUGCGUUUGCAGCCUGCUGUGUAUCAGCUCUCCAGUGCCUGUAUGAUUCCGCCGCUCCAGACAGCUUCACAGACAGCACCUGGAAGACCUUUACCCACAGGCUGUGCAGCUCCAGUGCACUGUCCCAGCCUACAGAUGCUUCAGGCUAACCACCCGCCUAUUAGCAAGGUUCUUCCACAAACGCUUCCUUUCCGACCUCCAAAACUCAUCCCGGUUCAGGAGCUCCUUGCUUUUGAGCAGAGCAGACUGAAGCAUGGUUUUGAAGAAGCACCACUCAGACACCUGCAGCUUCUGAAGGCGGACAUCGAGCCAUUUGAAAGAAAAACUGUCCAGGAUUCACUAAAAAGGCAAAAAAGACGAAUUGAGAAGAGGCAGGAGGGGAAAAAGGCAACUGUCACAUUCAGACCAGAGAACUCAAUUAUUCUUCCGAAGGAGAAAGAAGUCACAGAACCAUCAAGAUCCCAGCUGGGAGAGGGAUUUGUCAUUCCGCCUGGUUCUUUUGAUUCGGUGUUGGCUGAUCAGGCAUUGAUUGCAGGACCUAUCCCCACCUCUGCUGAAUUGCAUUGCUUAGCUUCAACAAAGAAGAAACCUGCAGAUAUACAGGACGCCAGCACUAAUACUGAACCUGCUCCUUCUCCUCCAUUGUGUACUGACAGCAGAACAUCUGCAGACAUUCAAGUUUUGCAGACUUGCCCUCCAGUUUCUGUGCUACCAUACAGAGAUGUUGAAACUGCAGCACCAGUGCCUGUCACUGACACUGAGAAUAGGCCCCUUAUCACUGCACUGGGUUCAGCAUCUCGUCAAAUACCGUCAAGAAUCCCUCCACUUUUGCCUCCAGAUGUUUUCCUAAAUCUCAGAUUUCCAAAGGAAUCCUCACAAGAACCCCUACCCACAAGCUCUUCAGAUCCUGCCAUUGAGCAGGAUAUAUCAGGUCGGUGUUUCAUCAAUGUGAUUGAUAUUGAUGCUGGGGACCUUCUGAAAGAUCUGCCUUCAUCUGAAGUUGCUUCUGUAUCCACUCCUGAGAGCAGGGCUAAACUGCUGUCAAAUGCUGAGCUCCAUCACAUGGCAGCCUCAGUAACUAAUGCUGUUCAUCCUGAUUCCUUCCAGAGAGAGCGUGAGACUGCUUAUACACCUGCCAUUCAUCACGAGACUCCAGAGAAGCAGCCUUUAUCUCCGGCAGAGAUUAGAGAACCAAAGCCUGUUGGAGAUGAAGUCACCCAGAGGCUGCUACUGGACAACGAUUACUCUGUCCAAUCACCCAGCCUGCCUGGAAAUCGCUCCUCAGCCAAACACAAGUUUACAGCCAAACUUUCAGAGAUGGAUGUCCAACUAACUGCUUUGCAGAACAUUGCAGAAAAUAUGGAACUUGAGUUUGCUAACACCAGACUGCUGGUGAACACCAUUGAAAACCUUGGCGCUGUCAUUGACCCAGAACUGGAACCAGAGCGUUACACCACAAGAGGAGUUGCAGUUACAGAAGAAGCACUCUAUCUGAGCCAUGCAGCCAGACUAGAGGAUCUCAUGGAAGAUGAUGAGGAAGAUCUUUUAUCCGAGAUGGUUCCUCCUUCUGCUGCUGCUUCUCCUCCUGUCCUGCUGGGGAGCUCUCUCCUCUUUGCACCUUCCACUGCCAGCAGCAUAGCUGGUCUUAAUGCUUCCUCUGCUGACUUUGACAUAAUGCCAAGAGAGGCUCAUGUGUCGACAGAGGAUGUUCUGGACCUCACUGGACUGAGUGAUAUUGCUGACAUCCUUGGUGACCUUGUGAAAGAUGGAGGAAUCUCGGCCACAGAGCUGGGUCUGUCAGAAAUGCAAGCCAGACGACUUCCCAGCACGGGCAAAGCCAGAGGAAGGGGGCCAGGCCAGGCGCCUACGAGGACAGAGAAAGAGAGGUGGGAGAUCAGGGAGUGGAUGAAGAGGAAACAGCAGCAGAGACUGGCUGAGUAUCGCAAACAGAGGGAACGCAGCCCCUUCAAAGAAGGCACUGCAACGAUAAAUCUCACUUCUAAAGACAUCAAAGUUAACAACAAAAUUAAAGAAGAAAAAAAGAAAAUGGUGCUGUCGGAGCACAACAGCCAGCGAGCUAUGGAGGCCCUGAAUCUGAUGAAUGAGAUGCUGUCUGACACAGUGCCCCUCCCAACAGCGGAGCUCAGCGCCCUGGCAGACACACCUCUCAAAUCUGUCCGGAGCCAAGGACAACGAUCAGCAAGAGGGGGCAGACCUGUUAGUCGAAGCCAGUCAGCAGGUCACACAGCAAGAAGUCCAUCUAAUGUGGGCCAAACUCGAUCCCUGUCCUAUUCUCCUGGUCGACCUUCACAAUAUACAGGCUCUGUUAGGACAGGAGCGUUACAGAAAAAGCCAUCUGCUGCUACAGGGAGAGCCAGCAGUGCAAGGACCAGCCUGGGCCUGCACAGACCAGCGAGUGCUCUGCCUCGUGACCGGAUGUCUCAGAUCACACGCAGGGGAAUGCUGACUGACCUGAGCUCCUGGAAGAGCAAAUCCCAGACCAGUGAGAAGGACCGACAGGAUCCCAGGAGGAAUGGAUCUGCAUCCCACAGCCAGGGAAGUAGAAUGCUGAGCAGUGCAGGGCCAGGGAGACCAUCUCCAUACCCCAGGGCCCGCAGCACUAGAGUGGAGACAGAGGCCUGGCCAGAGCGGGACGUUGUCAGUCCCUGGAGCCCACCUGCUGAGAUCAGAAGGUUACUGGAGAUGGACGUCUCUGUACAGGAUCCUCUGCUCGAUGAAGAUGGGUCUCUGUUGAGAAGGGGUGACCUGGAUGGGUUGGACUGCCUGUCUGAAAGCACUGGCAGUAUCCUCAGCAAGUUGGACUGGGCUGCCAUAGAGAACAUGCUAGCGAGCGAGGAGGAUCUGUAGACUGAUUUACAACUGUCCUGGCCCUAAGUUUUUUUUUUUUUAAACUGUAAUGAAAUCACAAUUGCUUAUGUAAUUUGUUUGAGAAGCUAUGUCAGCUUCAAAAAAAUAAAUACAUUUAGGUUCUUUUGAAACCAUUUAUUAAUCAAAAAAGAGAUUUGCCAGAAGAUUAAACUAUUGUGCAUUUUGCUUGUGUUUCCUAUGGUACCAUUGUUCAAUUUAUUUUAUUUGUUGUUGAUUGCUUAAUAGAAAUGUAUAGUUUUUGUUUUACUUAAAUUAUUAUUCUGAUAAUAAACUUGACUGGAUUUACAA